AUGGGCUGUUUCUGCGCGGUGCCGGAAGAAUUUUACUGCGAAGUUUUGCUCCUGGACGAGUCCAAGCUGACCCUGACCACACAGCAGCAGGGCAUCAAGAAGUCAACAAAAGGGUCGGUUGUCCUGGGCUAUGUAUUCCGUCACUUAAACCUGGUGGAAAUAGAUUACUUUGGACUGCGCUACUGUGACCGAAGUCAUCAAACGUACUGGCUGGAUCCUGCGAAAACGCUUGCUGAACACAAAGAAUUGAUAAACACUGGACCACCAUACACUCUGUAUUUUGGCAUUAAAUUUUAUGCAGAGGAUCCGUGUAAACUUAAGGAAGAAAUAACAAGGUAUCAGUUUUUCUUGCAAGUAAAGCAAGAUGUUCUACAGGGCCGUUUGCCUUGUCCAGUCAACACUGCAGCACAGCUGGGAGCAUACAUAAUUCAGUCUGAGCUGGGGGACUAUGACCCGUACAAGCACACUGCAGGUUACGUCUCUGAGUACCGCUUCGUUCCCGACCAGAAGGAAGAGCUGGAGGAUGCCAUAGAGCGGAUACAUAAGACUCUGAUGGGUCAAGUUCCUGCUGAGGCAGAAGUGAACUACUUGGGUGUGGCCAAAUCUCUGGAAAUGUAUGGAGUGGAUCUCCACCCUGUUUAUGGUGAAAACAAAUCUGAGUACUUUUUAGGAUUAACACCCAUAGGAGUUGUUGUCUACAAGAAUAAAAGACAAGUAGGAAAGUAUUUCUGGCCUAGAAUUACAAAAGUUCACUUCAAGGAAACACAGUUUGAACUUCGAGUCCUGGGAAAAGAUUGCAGUGAAACUUCCUUCUUUUUUGAAGCCCGUAACAAGGUUACAUGCAAACAUCUGUGGAAAUGCUGUGUGGAGCAUCAUACAUUUUUCAGGGUGCCAGAGAAUGAAUCACACUCUCUGUCAAGAAAAGUCAGCAAGUUUGGAUCCAUAGGUUAUAAACAUCAGUACAGUGGCAAAACAUCUUUGCGAAUGACCAGAAACCCUUCUGUCCAGCCUCCACGGCCUGACCAGAGCAUUGAAAGAAGUCGCAGCAAGACUUACCCCAGAAGAACACAGCAGACAGGACUCAUCUGUUUUGGGCUUUUUUCUCCCUCAGGUUCUAAGAACAUGAGCCAGAUUACAACAAAUGGGGAAAAUGAAGGAACUACCAAAAUUAUUGCACCUUCUCCAGUGAAAAGCUUUAAAAAGAUGAAAAAUGAAAACAGUCCAGAAACACAAAGAAGUAAAACAGGUGCUCCAUGGGAGGAAAAUGGCCCACAGAGUGGACUGUAUAAUUCUGCCAGUGACCACAAUAAAUCACCAAAGUUUUCUUACUCUCGCCGAAGGAACCCUUCUGGUGGCAGUGAGAAUGAGUCUGGGCAGCCAGUUCAGAGGAGGAAAAAUCAAAACAGUGGUGAAGAUUCAGAUUUAAAGCAAAGGAGAAGGUCACGGUCCCGCUGUAACACCAGCAGUGGCAGUGAAUCUGAAAACUCCAACAGAGAGCAUCGGAAGAAGAGAAACAGAUUGCGGCAGGAGAAUGAUAUGGUUGACUCGGCUCCUCAGUGGGAAGGUGUGCUGCGGCGGCAGAAGGGGAAAACUCAGGCAGAUCCAAACUACCGGCGGUCCAGGCACAGAUCUCGAUCGAGAAGCCCAGAUGUACAAGCUAAAGAAGAAUUGUGGAAACAUAUUCAGAAAGAGCUUGUGGAUCCAUCUGGCUUAUCUGAGGAGCAAUUGAAAGAAAUUCCAUACACUAAAGUAGAGACUCAAGGCAACCCCAUCCGCAUUCGACACUCGCACUCCCCUCGUAGCUACCGGCAGUACCGGCGGUCCCAGUGCUCUGAUGGGGAGAGAUCUGUCCUGUCUGAAGUGAAUGUCAAAAUUGAUCUGGUCCCUCCACUGCCUGUUACACGAUCUUCAGAUGGGAAAGGUCCCAGCAUCCAGCUCACUCAACAGAGGCAAAAUGGAUCUAAAGACAGCCUAGUAGAAGAACCAUCUCUGCUAUCCACUAAUAAUGUUGAUGGAAAACCUGCCACUAAGAUCAUCAAAACUGUGCAGGUGUCACGCUUCAAGGUGGAGAUUUGA